AUGGCGGAAAAUCAACCGAAAAGUUCAAAGCCACAUAUCAGUGAGCAGCCUGUCACGCUGGGCAACUGGCAUCAGCAUGUCAACUGGAUCAACACGACUCUCAUAUUGAUUGUUCCUAUAUCUGGCUGUAUCGCCGUCUUUUGGACCCCCCUCAGAUUGCCUACCGCUGCUUGGGCGGUUAUCUAUUAUUUCUGGACUGGGCUUGGGAUUACCGCUGGCUACCACAGACUCUGGGCACACCGUUCAUAUCAAGCAGGUCUACCACUCCGCAUCUUCCUGGCCUGCGUGGGCGGUGGUGCCGUGCAAGGUUCCAUUCGCUGGUGGAGCAGCAAGCACAGGGCGCAUCACCGAUGGACUGAUACCAAUAAAGACCCGUAUAGUGUCAACAAGGGUAUCUGGUACUCGCACUUUAUGUGGAUGAUAUUGAAGCAGAAUCCAAAGAACCGUGGGCGCACAGAUAUUUCAGAUCUAAAUCACGAUCCUGUCGUUGUUUGGCAGCACAAUCACUAUGGAGCGUUUAUAUUGGUAUUUGGAAUGCUGUUCCCAAUGCUCAUUGCUGGAUUAGGCUGGGGGGAUUGGAAAGGAGGUUUAGUAUACGCGGGGAUUCUCCGCUUCCUCUUCGUUCAGCAGGCAACAUUUUGCGUCAACUCGCUUGCUCACUGGCUUGGAGAGCAGCCCUUUGAUGAUAGGAACUCUCCCCGGGACCACGUUGUCACUGCGCUCGUCACUCUCGGCGAAGGCUACCAUAAUUUCCAUCACGAGUUUCCGUGCGACUACCGUAACGCAAUUGAAUGGUGGCAGUACGAUCCUACUAAAUGGUCGAUCUGGGCGUGGAAGCAACUCGGCCUAGCCACAAACCUGAAGCAAUUCCGCGCCAAUGAAAUCGAAAAGGGCCGUGUUCAACAACUACAAAAGAAACUGGACCAGCAAAGAGUCAGGCUGGACUGGGGUGUCCCGCUUGAGCAAUUGCCGGUGAUGGGGUGGUCUGAUUUCGUCGCUGAGGCCAAAGACGGGAAAGCUCUUAUUGCCAUCGCCGGCGUGGUUCACGAUGUCACGAAAUUUGUCAAGGAGCACCCUGGUGGGAAGCUGAUUAAAUCUGCUAUUGGCAAGGAUGCUACGGCAAUGUUCAAUGGAGGUGUCUACAAUCACACCAAUGCCGCCCACAAUCUUCUCUCUACAAUGCGUGUUGGUGUUAUUCGUGGAGGUGGUGAAGUAGAAAUUUGGAAGCCGCACGAGAGCAGAAAGGCCUAA